AUGGGCUUCAAAGAAGUCUUCAGAAACCGCUCCGGUCUACGGAUCGACAAUCGUAAGACAACGUCCGCCUCAACACUCACCUUGCGUCAGAGCCUCUGGCCCCUCAGUCUCGUGACAAUUUUAUUCUUUCUAUGGGGUUUUGCAUAUGGACUCCUUGACACGCUGAACAAGCACUUCCAAAAUACGCUACAUAUCGAUCGCACACGAUCAGCCGGUCUCCAAGCAGCAUAUUUUGGCGCCUACCCACUGGCCUCGCUCGGCUACGCCAACUGGAUUCUCCGCCAUUAUGGAUACAAAACCGUCUUUAUCUUUGGUCUGACUUUGUACGGCAUCGGUGCCUUGUGCAUGUGGCCAGCGGGGCUCAAUCAGUCCUUUGGUGGAUUCUGCGGUGCGACAUUUGUUAUUGGGUCUGGCCUGGGAUCUCUGGAGACCGCAGCCAAUCCAUACUUGACCGUGUGCGGUCCUCCCCGUUAUGCAGAGAUUCGAAUCAACUUUGCCCAAUCUUUCAACGCCAUCGGAACCGUUGUCGGACCUGUUCUCGGUUCCUAUGUAUUCUUUACCGGCACAAACGAUACCGUCACUGCGCUUCAGCGCGUUCAAUGGGUCUAUCUCGCCAUCGGAAUUUUCGUCUUCUGUCUCGCUGCUGUCUUCUUCGUUUCAAGCAUCCCUGAAGUCACGGACGAGGAUAUGGCUUUCCAGGUAGCAGAGACUCACGUGGAUGAACAGGAGAAGCCCUUCUGGAAGCAAUAUAAGCUAUUCCAUGCUGCGCUGGCGCAAUUCACUUACACCGGAGCCCAAGUCGCUAUCGCGGGUUACUUUAUCAACUAUGCCGAAGAUACCUGGCCUGGAACUACCGGUGCCAAGGGUGCAAAACUCCUUGCUGGUGCGCAGGGUGCCUUUGCCGCAGGCCGGUUCCUGGGUUCGGGAAUCAUGAAGUAUGUCAAGGCACGCUGGGUGUUUGGUAUCUAUCUUUCGUGCUGUGUGGCUUUUUUGGCCACCUCUGUCACUCAGAGGAAUCAGGCUGGUGUUGCAAUGCUUUACCUAGUCCUCUUCUUCGAGUCCGUCUGUUUCCCAACCAUCGUCGCUCUAGGUAUUCGAGGUCUAGGCCGCCACUACAAGCGUGGCUCAGGCGUGAUCAUCGGCGGUGUCUGUGGUGGUGCCGUCGUUCCCCCGAUUCUGGGCCAUGUAGCAGACAUGAAGAACAACACCGGCUUCGCGUUUAUCGUUCCAACCAUGUUCAUGGUCGUCGCAUGGACCUAUGCCGUGGCAGUCAACUUUGUCCCCUCGUACAAAUCAACCGUGGACAAAGUCGGUGCAAGCCGGGUCGGACUCCAGGAUCAAAAUGCAAAGGAUAUAGAAGCUGCUUCCACGACCGCAGGGGAUCAUGUGGUUCCAGCUAAAAGGGAGAAAGCGGGUGAUAUUGACUGA